AUGGUAAAGGCGGAAGAACAUGAAACAAUUUCUGGAAGUGGGAGUUCUGGUGCUUCGGAGAAAUCUGACGAGAAGGCAGAGUCGAAGGAUGAAGAGGUCCACAUGGUUAAGUCUUCAACGCCUCCUUUGUCGGCGACCGGUGAAGUGCUAAACGAAGUGGAUCAAGUCGACGAACAGGAGCACGAGACCCCAACAGGCUCAGUUCACAGUAGUCGAGACACCUCAGGGAGGGGUAUUGUGUGUAAACAAAGAGCUAUCCUUGGGUUCAAAUUUUGUAUACGGCAUAUACUUCUGGAUCCAGCAGCCCCGUACAAACAGUGUGAACACCACCGGAAACCAAAAAGUAAAAAGGAUCUUGCUACUCGAUGUACCAAUGCUAUUAGAAAGGAUAAGGAAGAAAAUUUCUGCAGUACUCACCUGAUUAUGAACGGAAUGAAGGAGGCGAAAAAGAAGGAGAAAGGCUCGUCGGCAGUCAACGCUGAUGGCACCGAAACGGUUGAUCCUGCUGCCGGAACUUUUGCUGUAUCCGCUGCUGGGGAGCAGCACCAACUUGUGCCUCAAUCCAUGGCCGACAUGACUUCAAAUUCCUCCCCCAUACUGCAAGAUGCUCUUCAACCGGCGACAACUUGUAGUGAAAUGGUAACUGCUGCAUCGACAGUGCCCAGUCCACCACGAGCUGCUACUGUAUGUACCGUAUCCAGCGUCACAUCUCGAGCCCCUGUUGCCCCACCAACUGCAGCGAUACCGCCCUUGACCUCCACACGACAAUCCCUUCUUCCACCACCUCCAUCAGCAACCACUACGCUUCGACAGUAUGUUCAGAGCAACGCUCACUUAACAGGCAACGUUCUGCGGCAGCAGUUAGCUCCACAAGCGAAUAGCACGCUCGCUCCACAGCGUCAGCCUGCGUUGUUCCCAGUGGCUAUUGCUGGUCCAAGGGAUACUCGUCAGCCGGUGUUGGCUCAACUCAAUAUGGAGAGUAAACGUCCAUUUCGGAGUACCACCAGGAAUUGUGACGUCGCUAGAAGGCCAUGCAAAGUAAUGAACAACAUCACGACAACACUUCCUCAACAGAUGAUCGGUCUUGAAGAAGGUCGAACGCUCAUGCAGCAAGUACCAAUGACCGCUUAUCAAGGGGUGGAGCAACAGUCCGUGGCAGCUCCCCCGUUAGGCACAGCAAUAGUGGUGGAUCCUCAGCUGACUGGUACUGUAGCACAGAUGCAGCGUGUUCCAAUCACUCUGCUAGAAGGUGGUGUGCGAGGUGCGCGAAACUCCCGCUAUGCUGCUGCGUUGGCGGCGGCGAUUGCACGACAAAAUCAACCUCUGCCGUGGACCGCUCCGCCGAUUGCUCGUCGAACACCCCCUUCAAGUGAUGAAGAGGAUUUUGGCAAGACUUCAAAUGGCAACAAGGUGAUCCGUCUUCGAAUGAAACGUCAACGCCGACGGAUGGUGGGUGUCUACCGUGCGAUCCCAGAAAUUGACUCGAUGUGUCGCGCAGUUGAGGAUGCAGAUUAUGACAAAACUGAUCUGUUUCCACUAGGGCUUGAACCGUCGGACGAUGAAGAUGCGACAUAUCCGUCGUCGUCUAUUCUUCCUACAGCAAGCCUGGCAGUGUCCAGCUAUUCGGGUGACUUGUCAACACAACUGUAUCUGAUCAAGAAGCAACUGCGACUGGAGCGACAUGCUUUGUUGAAGCAGGCACAACUGAACGCCCACAUCAUGUGCGCAUCCAGACGAUUACCAUUGAGCGUUGGUGCGGCGCUGCGUCAACGCUGCGAUCCCUCACCCCCUCCACUACAGUUGGCCCCUGCAGCUCUACGUCCGGCACCUUUGUACGACACCAGCUCAUUUAUGGGUUCAUCGUCGUCAAUAGGCUCACCACUUGGUGACGAAUCCUCUGCAGCGAGUCCCAUGCCACAGACUGACCCGCAUCAUGCUCUUCUCACCGACACCACCGCGCCCAUGGAUUGUCAGCUGUCUUUGGAUGUUUCGCAUUCAUGGGAUGAUGUGACAGAGUUUCUAAUGUCCGAAGGUUUUCCAGUCGAUUCGCCAAAUUCGCAGGUUACACCGACU